UUUUUGAAUGCUGAGGCGGGUUCGCAGUUUCGAACUGUUGCAGGCGGGAGCGGGAUUUGUGAGCUGCUGUUUCUGCUCUGCUUUUUAGGCAGAAAAUAAAAUACUAUUUAGUAGAAGCGAUAACGGUGAUAAUAUAAGUACAUAUUCCCCGAACCCGCACAAUGACGGGAGAGAAGAGUCUACAGAUAAAAGAGGCUUUUGACUUGUCUCAGAAGCCGCAUCAGAACCAUGCAAAGCUGGUGUCUUCUCUGAGAGCCACCUAUGAUAAGCUGGAGGAUAAAUCUAUCUUUCUGGAGGAGUUUAUUCACUACCUUAAGUACCCUCUAAUUGUCUACAGAAGAGAGCCUUCAGUGGAAAGAGUUAUGGAUUUUGUAGCAAAGUUUGUGGCGUCUUUUCAUAACUGUGAAAACGAAGAGGAGGAUGAGACUGAUGAGGAAAACUCUCCAGUGAAUUACUUGUUUAAUUUCCUGCUGCAGUCACAUACCGCUAAUAGCAUGGCUGUGAGGUUCAGAGUUUGUCAGCUCAUUAAUAAGCUUUUGGUGAAUCUACCAGAAAACGCUCAGAUCGAUGAUGACUUGUUCGAUAGGAUUCAUGACGCAAUGCUCAUCCGCUUGAAGGACAGAGUUCCAAACGUGCGAAUUCAGGCGGUUUUGGCCCUUGCCAGACUUCAGGACCCCAGUGAUGUCAACUGUCCAGUUUCAAACUCUUACAUGCACUUGCUAGAAAACGAUUCAAAUGCCGAGGUUCGUAGAGCUGCGUUAUCCUGUAUCGCUCCUUCAGCACACACCCUGCCAAAAAUUGUAGGUCGCACUAUGGAUGUGAAGGAACUUGUGAGAAAGCUAGCGUACCAGGUUUUGUCAGAAAAAGUUCACAUUAAAGCUUUGUCCAUUGCCCAGAGAGUGAAGCUUUUGCAACAAGGACUUAAUGACCGAUCAGAGGCGGUAAAAGAAAUCAUGCAGAAGAAACUUCUUCAGGCUUGGCUGAGAUAUACCGAAGGGGAUGUCUUAGAACUGCUUCACCGUCUGGAUGUAGAAAACUCUCCAGAGGUUGCCGUGUCUGCACUGAAUGCGAUGUUCUCUUUAUCUCCUGUCGAUGAGCUUGUUCAAAACUGCAAAAAUAUUGACGACAGAAAACUGAUCCCAGUGGAGACUCUAACGCCAGAAAAUGUUCUUUAUUGGAAAGCUCUUUGUGAAUACUUGAAAUCCAAAGGAGAUGAGGGAGAUGCAGCGCUAGAGCAAAUUUUACCAGAGCCAGCUGUUUAUGCUGAGUAUCUGUCAAGUUACCUUCAGAGCCUUCCUGUUCUUACAGAAGAAGAGAGAGCUGAUAUUACUAAAAUUGAAGACUUGAUGACAAAAGAAUUCAUAGGCCAGCAGCUGAUUUAUAUAAUAGGCUGCCUGGAUACCAGUGAAGAGGGAGGCAGAAAGCGGCUUAUUGCUGUUCUCCAGGAGAUCCUUGCUUUGCCUAAUACUCCGCCAUCUCUAAUAUCAUCCCUAGUGGAAUUGUUGCUUGUGAUUCUCAGAGAUGAUGAUCACAGAACUCAAACAGUAGCAGAAAUUAUCUCUGAGCUUCGAGAGCCAAUUGUCACCGUGGAAAAUCCUACGGACCUUGCAGCAUCUAGGAAGCUACAGUUAAAGCUUGCUGAUGUAAAAGUGCAACUUAUUGAAACCAAACAAGCAUUAGAAGACAGCAUAAAUCUGCAAGAUUUUAAUCGUGCAUCUGAGUUGAAGGAAAAAGUGGCAGAGCUGGAACGUCUGAAAACACAGCUGACCAAAGAAGCUGAACAGCCAGAAAUCAAAGAAAUGCGAGUGGAGAAGAAUGACCCAGAAACACUCCUUAAAUGUCUGAUUAUGUGCAAUGAACUUUUGAAGCACAUCUCUCUUUCCAAAGGUCUAGGAGGGACAUUGAAUGAAAUUACAGAAUCCUUGAUCCUCCCAGGAAUAACUAAUGUUCAUCCAUCCGUAAGAAAUAUGGCUGUGUUAUGCAUUGGAUGCUGUGCUUUACAGAACAAGGAUUUUGCUAGACAACACCUUCCUUUACUCCUGCAAAUAUCUCAGCUUGAUGAAGUUAAAGUGAGAACAAGUGCCUUGAAUGCUGUCUUCGACAUGCUUCUGCUGUUUGGCUUAGAAAUUUUAAAGGCAAAGCGAGAAAAUACAGAUGAUUCCCAAUGCAAAUCAGAUGAAGACACAAAUGAUGAAUCUGAGCACCAGGAACAAAAUACAUCCGAUGAAAGCAAAACUAGUGAAGAAGUAAAAGAAGAACUUUCUACUGUUAAUGGCAUCUUGCAACUAUUUUCAAGCUUCUUGGAUAGCGAGGUUUCAGAAAUCAGAACAGAGACGGCAGAAGGCUUGGCUAAACUCAUGUUCUCUGGAAGACUAAUAAGUGCCAAGCUGCUUUCACGACUAAUUUUGCUUUGGUAUAAUCCUGUGACUGAAGAGGACACAAAACUUCGGCAUUGUCUGGGGGUUUUCUUCCCCAUAUUUGCUUAUUCUUGCCGAGCAAAUCAGGAAUGUUUUGAGGAGUCCUUCCUUCCCACCCUGAAUACUCUGUUUAAUGCCCCGGCUUCCUCACCUUUAGCAGACGUUGAUGUUGCUAAUGUUGCAGAAUUACUGGUGGAUCUGACUAGGCCAAGUGGAUUAACUACAAAGAAUAAAGUUUUGCAGGACAAUCAAGGUCCCUCAUUGCAUGACAGCUUGGCAAUUAAAAUUUGCAAUGAAAUAAUAAAAGAUCCUACUUCUCCGGAUGCUCGUAUAUAUGCUAAAUGUUUAAGCUCUUUAGAGCUCCUUCCAGAAUAUGGGGAAGACCUUCUACUUCCACUCCUGGAUACAAUUUUGGAGGAUGUGACAGACAAGGUCUGUGAAAGAGCAAUAGAAAAGGUAAAAAUGCAGUUUAAAAAAUCCCAGAAUUCAAGAGAGGAGAGUGAGGUAUCCCAAGAAACAGGCCAUGCUGCCGAGCAGGAAGACGAAGGAAAACAUAAAGAUGAAACCGAGGUGUUUGAACAAAACAUUGAGAACGCCAAGCCGAAGCCUGGGAAGGGGAAAUCCAAUGCAGGUCGCAGGAAAGGGUCUACCACCACAAACAGACGAAAGGCCAGUAAAACGUCACAGCUGGAAUCUGGAAGUGACAAACCUGAAGACCCUACACCUGUCAAUACAAGACCGCCAAGAAGAGCAAAAACAGCCGCCAUGGAGAAAACCAAAAUGAAUCUUUCAAAGCUUCUUAAUGAAGAAGUCAAUUAAUAAAAAUAUUUCUCAUA